CUCGCCCCCCUCACAGUCGCACGCGCCGCCUCUUUAUAACGGGCCGGGCUGAGCGCGAGGACAUCGCAAUCUGACCUGCAGAGCUCGAGCCCGGAGGAUAACAGCACGCUCGCGAGGAACUUGAAGAUGGAGAUGUACCAGGCUGGUUAUUACACUGAAGACUUCAGGACUCAGGAAGUUCCUGUCGGAUUAGACUUCAGUUCAUAUGACUACAAUGGUGAAGACCUGUCCUUUUUGUUAGACAGCAAAGGACCGGGGCAGUUGCAGUACGUGGACACAUACGCAGAACCGCACAAGGACCACAUGAAUGCCUCCAAAGUUCACUCUACAGAUUCUGGUUUAUUUAACCUGGACACUUUCCCAGAGUUUAGCAGCUGGACAUCAUACACUAACGUUCCAGACAGUAUAGUGAUGGAGAGACAGACAGGAGGUUUCCAGGAUUCAGCCACUCAGACGUAUCAGAGUCUCUUUCCACCAUGUCCGUCGUCUCAGAACGGACCGUUCGGCUCACCCGUGGACUCCAGCGGGCUUUACCAACCUGCGAAAGAGCUCAACCAUAGAGCAGCAUCUGCUUUAGAGCACACAGGUGAUGGAGACAGGACUUACAGUUUAUACAAGACGGAGACACAAAGCAAACCCAUACCGUACUGGACGGAUUAUUCCUCAUCCGGUUACUGCAGCCAGCUGCUCGCUCAUUCUCCGUCAUCCUCAUCUCCGGCUCCUCUCCCUGCCGAGACGUUUUCACCUCGUGUGGUGAAGAGACGCACUACAACGUCUCAAAGACUAGACAGAGACAGCGAGGUGUCUCCUGGGAUGUCCGCCUACCCAGGGUCAGGACCUAUCCAGCUUUGGCAGUUCCUCUUGGAGCUUCUCUUAGACUCAGCGUGCCACACCUUUAUCAGCUGGACCGGUGACGGAUGGGAAUUCAAGAUGUCCGACCCUGCAGAGGUAGCUAAACGAUGGGGUCAGUGCAAGAAUAAACCUAAAAUGAACUACGAGAAGCUGAGCCGCGGACUUCGCUACUACUACCACAAGAACAUCAUCCACAAAACAGCUGGCAAGCGCUACGUCUACCGAUUUGUCUGCGACGUGCAGAGUAUGCUUGGGAAAAGCGCUCAGGAAGUUCUGGCCAGCCUGAACAUCUCACCGGUGAACACAGGAUCGCAGCCACCGACAAAGUCUGAGGAGACAGCAGACAUCUGGCAACAUUAACAGACUUUGCUAGAGGAAGGCGGAGUUCCAAAAUACAUCCAUGUUUUAACACGUCCUCAUUGACUUCUUCUGGAAGUGAAGUAUGAGCACUUGCAGCACAAGUGGUCAAGGUUUCAAUGCUGACCUGCUAGUAUGCUAAUAAGAUCAGGAUUUAUGGACAUCUUCACCUGCCGUUUUGGGAAAUAAUUGGCGUCUGGAUGAUUCUAAAGUAACAGGACAGAUCUUAAGAUGGGCAAGUGGAGACUAUCAAGAGUAGGUGGACCAGGGACGACAAAAACAGUAUUGGAACCCAGGCUUACUUAAGGACUUGUCUGGCUUCUAUAGAGUUAGGUGUGGGAUUCAGCACAAUUUUCUCUUUCCUAAACAGAGAACUUUAAUCUGUG